AUGCACUCUUCACUUCUUCUGGCUGCAGCCGUGUGCAUCACGGCUUGCUCUGCUGCACCAGCUACCGAGAAUCACAACUUCGUACUACACGAGAAACGCGACGGACCUCCUCAUCAAUGGACCAAGCGGACACGCGCUCAUCCUGCCGAGAUACUUCCUGUCAGAAUUGGACUCACUCAAAGCAACCUGCACAAGGCCGAGGAGUACAUCCUUGAUGUUUCGGACCCCGAGUCUCCUAAUUUCGGCAAGCACUGGUCAGCUGAGAAGAUUGCCAAUACUUUCGCACCUUCUAAGAAAACUCAAGAUGGAGUUGUGGACUGGCUCGUCAAGUCUGGCAUUGAUGUGGGGAGACAUAAAUACUCGACAGUUAAGACUGACGAAAUAGGCCGGAAUUGGCUCGAAAUCAAUGCCACAGUGGCCGAGACGGAAGGACUUUUCAAUACAGAAUAUCAUUACUACGAACAUGACAUAUCAGGAGGUCAUCGUAUUGCUUGCGAUGAGUACCAUUUACCCCAGAGUGUGCGCGAGCAUAUCGACUUUGCAACAGCUGCUCCAUCUCCUUUCACCGGUUUGACGGGGCUUGCAAACUGCGCUCGGCUGUACACCGUCGAAUGUUUGCGCGCACUCUACCAGUUUAGCCCUGGAAACACGAGUGCCGAAAGUAAUGCCAUGGGUAUUGGCGAAUUUGCGGAUUUCCUUUACUUGCCUGACCUUGCAACUUUCUUCCAAAACUUCACCACCCAGCCCAUUCCUGCGGAUACCGUCCCCCAGUUCAUUUCUAUUGAUGGAGGCCAAACUGCCAACGCCUCAUAUGAUCAGGCCGAGGACUCAGGUAUCGAAUCAGCUUUGGAUUUCCAGACCUCCUAUGCCAUUAUUUACCCCCAAAAGCUUAGGCUGUACCAAGUCGGGGAUGGUGUCAACAUGGACAGUGUCGGUACCUUCAACAUCUUUCUUGAUGCGUUGGAUGAGUCGUACUGCAGUUAUCUGGGUGGCGAUGCGCCUUAUAUUGAUCCAGCAUACCCGGAUCCCAACGAAGGCGGAUACACAGGUCCAUUGCAAUGCGGUGGCGCCCCAUUGAGCAACGUGUUCUCAUUCUCAUACAAUCAAAUUGAAGCAUCUCUCCCAGUGUCUUAUCAAACGCGACAGUGUCACGAAUGGAUGAAGAUGGGCCUCCAAGGAGUAAGCGUCCUUUUCGCAUCGGGUGAUUCUGGUGUUGCCAAUCGAUACAAUUCAGGCUAUGAGAAUAGCUGUCUUACUGCCCCAGAUGUGGGCCCUUAUGUCGAUAGCAACGGAACUCGCUUUUCGCCUUCUUUCCCCACAAACUGCCCGUGGAUUACAGCUGUUGGGGGCACAAUGCUUCAGGGAGGCUUGAAUGCAACAAUCACGGCCGGCGAACAAGCCGUGGGUCAAGCUGACCCAACUAACCCAAAAAACGACUUCUACUCUGGUGGCGGCUUCUCCAACGUCUUUGAACUUCCCAAGUACCAAUCCAAAGCCGUGAGCAACUACCUGACCGAGUACCCGCCCCCCUACACCUCCGAUAUAUUCAACAACAGCGGCAAAGCUCGCGCCUACCCCGACGUCUCGGCCAUCGCAAUCAAGCUCCCAACCGUAUGGCUCGGGGAAGGUCUAGCGGUCGGCGGCACAAGUGCAUCAACACCCAUCGUUGCAAGUCUUGUGGUCUUAUUAAACGAAGCCAGAAUUGCUGCGGGCAAGGGCCCGAUCGGCUUCUUGAAUCCCACCCUGUAUGCGCAUCCUGAAGCAUUUAAUGAUGUCACUGUAGGUGGCAACCCGGGUUGUGGCUCUGAUGGCUUUGCAGCGCAACCGGGAUGGGACCCGGUUACUGGGUUGGGCAGUCCGAAUUAUCCUAAAUUAGAGGAGAUAUUCUUGAAGUUGCCGUGA